GCGGCGGCAGCGGUUGCCCGCGCGCGGCCAUGGCGGCAUCCGGGGAGCUGGUUCCAUGCUCUGUGUACUUCUGCGGGAGCAUCCGCGGCGGGCGGGAGGACCAAGCUCUGUAUGCGAGGAUCGUAUCCCGGCUGCGGCGCUAUGGGAAGGUGCUCACUGAGCACGUGGCUGAUGCUGAGUUGGAGCCGCGUGGGGAAGAGGCUUCUGGAGGCGACCAGCUCAUCCAUGAGCGGGACCUGGCCUGGCUCCAACAGGCUGAUGUGGUUGUGGCAGAAGUGACACAGCCAUCCCUGGGUGUUGGCUACGAAUUGGGCCGGGCAGUAGCUCUUGGUAAGCCAAUUCUAUGCCUGUUCCGACCACAGUCUGGCCGAGUGCUUUCUGCCAUGAUCCGGGGAGCAGCUGAUGGCUCGAGGUUCCAGGUGUGGGACUACGCAGAGGAAGAGGUGGAGACCAUGCUCCAUCGAGGUCAGAAGAGGGUACCACAUUCUCUGGAACUGGUGGUAGAGAUGACUGUGGGCCUCCAUGUGGGUGCUGGGAACUGAACCCACAACAAGUGCUCUUAGCUGCUGAACCUUCUCUUUGGUCCUGGCCCAACUUUAUCCAAUGCUGACCCCUGAUGUUUCUCUGGACUCGUUCCUGCUUCUGCCUCAGUAGUAAGAAAACGUUCGUUUAGUUGGGUAUGGUGGCGCCUCAGGAGGCACAGUGUGGUGGUUUGAAUAUGCUUGACCUGGGGAGUGGCAGGCUUAGGUGUGACCCCGUUGGAAGUGUGUCACUGUGGGGGUGGGCUUUGAGACCCUCCACCUAGCUGCUUGACCUGGGGAGUGGCACGCUUAGGUGUGACCCCGUUGGAAGUGUGUCACUGUGGGGGUGGGCUUUGAGACCCUCCACCUAGCUGCUUGACCUGGGGAGUGGCACGCUUAGGUGUGACCCCGUUGGAAGUGUGUCACUGUGGGGGUGGGCUUUGAGACCCUCCACCUAGCUGCUUGACCUGGGGAGUGGCACGCUUAGGUGUGACUCCGUUGGAAGUGUGUCACUGUGGGGGUGGGCUUUGAGACCCUCCACCUAGCUGCCUGAAAACAGUCUGCUGGUUUCCUUUUGAAGAUGUAGAACUCUCAGCUCCUCUUGCACCAUGCCUGCCUGGAUGCUGCCUUGCUCCUUCCUUGAUGAUA